CGAGAGGCUGAUCCACAAUCAACACCUGACGAGAAAAUGCCCAAUUUCUCCGGCACUUGGAAAAUGAAAAGCAGCGAGAAUUUUGAUGAGUUAUUGAAAGCUCUGGGUGUGAAUGCGAUGCUGAGGAAGGUGGCCGUGGCGGCGGCGUCCAAACCCCAUGUGGAAAUCAGGCAGAACGGCGAGCAGUUCUACAUCAAGACGUCCACCACCGUCCGCACCACCGAGAUCAACUUCCACAUCGGCGAGGAGUUCAACGAGGAGACGGUGGACGGCAGAAAGUGUAAGAGCCUGGCCACCUGGGAGACGGAAAACAAGAUGUACUGCAGACAGACUCUCCUGAACGGGAACGGUCCAAAGACCUUCUGGAGCCGAGAACUCAGAGGGGACGAGCUCAUUCUGAUCUUCGGAGCGGACGACGUGGUGUGCACGCGGAUCUACGUUCGAGGGUAGCGGCUCCGACACAGCUCAAACGUCCCACCGCAGACGCCGCCAUGAAUACAAAAGUCAACGCUGAAAUAUUUCACACAGCAGCAAUGCACCUCCAUAACCUGUUUCUGAUAUUCACACAGUGCUUUGUCUCUUCAUACAUCACACUUUCACCUGCUCCCUGCUAUUCUGUUCCUUUUUCUAUUUAAGUUUUUUUCACCUUUGGAAGUAAAACGAUAUAUGAAAGUAUGGUCU